AUGGAGACGUAUGAUGACGACGAUGCAAUACUUUCUCAAUUGCUGGAUGCUUUGGAAAACGAAAAUCCAUCUGUUUUAAGUCCAGUGAUUGAAGAGAAGUGUAGUCAUGAAACACGUUUCAAGAGAAUGGACGAGAAAGAUUUGUUGGAAUUAGCAUCAGAGUCCAUUCCAACCAAUACCAAGAGAAAAGCAAUGUGGGCUUUCCGUUUAUACGAGUCAUGGCAGAAUUGGCGAAAGAGCAACUUUGCAGAUGAGCAGGAUGAGAAGUCAAAGGUUUCAAAGAUAUUGGAGAAAACCACAGAAUUAUUAGAUAUAUCAAGAGAUGAAGACCUAUGUGAAGUUCUUUCUCAAUUCAUCACAGAAGUCAGAAAGGAAGGAGGCGAAAGAUAUCCUGGAAAAAUAUUGCAUGAGAUAGUGAGUAGUUUGCAGAAGUAUUUUGAAAUGAAGGGAAAACAAGUUCGGCUUUUCGCCGUAGGAGGGCAGUUUGACAAACUUCAAAAAGCUUUAGRCRUGGAAAUGAAAACAUCUACCAGCAAUAAGCUAGGCUUACAAAGAAAACAAGCACAAGUUAUUUCCGAAGAAAUGGAGAAUGAUCUUUGGGGAAAAAAAUUCUUGGAGAUAGUUGUCCCAAAGUUUUGUUGA